AAGGUUGUUGUUGUUGACGGAUUUGGCCAAUCACUGUCGAAAAGGCGCUUGUUCAAGACGCGCGAACAGUUAACUUACGAAGACGAGAAAAUGGCGAACUAAGAGUAACAUCUAAAAUAACAUUUUACUUGGAAUAGUUUUGUGGUAGUAAUAUGAGUAAAGUACGAUUAUUUUCAAAGGACGGUGGCGAUUGUGGGAACGACAGAACCUGAAGAAAAUGUCUCGUUAUGUCAAAGUGUCGUGGUAGCGAAGAUGCUAGCUAGCAAGAAACGUCAACAUUCGUUUCGCUAAAAUGUCUUUUACACUAGACAGCGGUACAAUGAAGGGACCGAGUUGAGUAGUGAUGGCUCGUACACUCGUAUUAUAAUAAUUUAAUGGCUUGUCGUCGAAGAUAAUAACCAGGCGCUGUUUGACGGGAUGGCUUUACACAACCUGUUUUUUGUCGUCGACCUGGAUUACGAAGAUCAACUAUCAAGCGAUCGGCUAGGAAUCGGGAGUCAUGUCUUGAAACGUGGCAUUUUGCAGAUUUUGCUGCACUUCGGAUUCCAGUAUGGCUUCGACAAAGUACGUUGGGGUUACAAAUUCUUCCAAUCCAAGACUGGCCGAGGUGCCGCCCUCAUAACGAAAGGCUCGGACUUCAAGGAGCUUCGCCAAAAAGCCUUUGAGGACUUCAGUGUGGAAUUCGAUGCUAUGUUUGACGGGAGAGAAAAAUUAUGCGCGUCCCAGCAUUGCAGCCCGUCUGCCUCAGUGCAAAAUGCGCUCAAAGAAGUCCUACUCGAUUUCCAGUGGGACCGACCAGACAUCACCUCUCCCACGAAACUGUCCCUGAGGCCCAGGAAGACGAGUCGAGCUGCCCAUUUAUCAGAAGAGGAACACCUUACCAAUCACACAAAAAAUGCGGUGUUUAUUGUGGCACAGUGUCCACGAAGCUGGACACAACUGGUAGAUUAUCUCUGCGUGAGGAACCUUGACCUCCAUGCUGAUGUGUCCGAGGACAUUUUAUCCAAAAGUAUCCAGGAUAUGCUGGUUCAGAGGCAGGUUGUCCUGCACUGGGUUGACAGUACAUCACAUGGAAAUGAGGUGCUAAGUGGGGACCAUUCGGGCUUUGACAAAUUAGCCCAAGUCUUGGCACAGGCGUGUGGCAAAGUAAUCCCCGCAGUCGCGCUGCUUAACCGCCACUGCACCGGGAAGCCAGACUGCAGUGAGAAUUUCCCCUUCCGGUCCAGUCUGGGAUAUUUGCUGUCUUCUGAAAGGCAGUACCGCCUUGCUUUUCCUGUCACGGAGGGCACGCUGCGACUGGGCACAGGUGGCGUUGCCCAGAGCUGCACUGUGACUCUAGAGCCGGUUACCUGCAGGCGAGGGCUUCUCGCCCCGGGCGUGAAAGUGUGUCUGAAAGGUGUGCUGCGGGGCUGGGAACCCUCGUUACUGUCGCACGCCUCCAUAGAAUCGUGGCAGCUUCGGUGCGCCAACACCAGCGAGCAAGGUGCUGCUUCCUUCCAACGCACGCUGGUAGAGCUGGCUACUCAUUCGCUGCGCAUGUUUGCUGAGGUGUGCCAUAGCGGCCAGUCGUCUUCGGCCAUCCUCUCCCCCUUGUCCAACUCCUCUGCUCUGCUCGCCGUCCUCCAACCUUCCAUCGUUUGGCACCGUCACCUUGACAACACCGACAUUAUUUCCAGCAGCAGCGGCACAGCUGAAACCUCAGCUGACCUUCCGGAAGUAGUCAGCAGUGUGCUGGGCGUUGUAUACGACAUGAUGGAGCAAGAUGAUGGCAGCCCCGAUGAUGAGCAGCCAAAUGUUCCUUAUGCGGUUCCCGAGUGGGCGCAGCAGGAGCUCGGUCGUGGCUCGCCGAAAAUCGGAUUGUGUGAGACUUGGUUUCCUCAUUCGGAUCAGUCGGGGGUCACUUCCCAUUUAAUGGAGUCAUUCAAGUUGCUUCACGCUGCGCCGGACCCAAGCAAGGAAGAGGAGCUUCACUUCCAGACAGAGAUGAUCAGCGAUCUGGCAGAUCUCUAUCAGUCGUCAAAGGGUGCCAAUAACAAGAGGGGCAAGAAGCGUAGGAAUGACAAAUUGGAUGGAUUUCGUUCAAGUGCAGCAAAAUGCGUCAUUCUUUUUUCCCCUUCCACAGGAAGCACGCAGCGGACGCCGGUGAAGCAGAAAAUGAAGACCAUGAGCCGCUCCUUGCAGAUGCUCAACGUGGCGCGGCUCAACGUGAAGGCCCAGAAAAGCCUGGCCAACGCAGAGCCGGUCACGUCGAAGGGGAAAGGAGCGGACAGAACGGCGAAGAGGCGCCCGAGUGGCAAGAGCAAACCCGAAGGAAUUCCUUUGUCAGCCUUCUCCAGUGAAGCUGAGCUGCUGUGCCACAUGCGCUCCUUCUAUGAGAAGAGCAUCGCGGAGAGGGACUCCUCUCUCCACGCUGGUGCUCAACAGCUUUUGGCUGCCGUAAAAACUUUCCUUGCCGCGGAAUCCGAGCAGCAGGUCAAGACCGUUGGGUUUUCCCAGCAGCAUUUUCUCAAGAGCAGCGGAUCCAUCAGGCAGGCCUACGGCUCCACCGUGGAUGUGGAGAGCAAAAUUCGAGAGUGUCAGCUCCAGGCGCUGCUCAGAUUGGAGUUAUGCAGACUUUUGUCCCCAGAGGAGGAUGAUGCUCUGGAUGAUGAACAGAUGGCAGAGGAGGUGGCUGAAAUGCUCCGAAUUAUAUCCCUGACAAAAGACCCGGCGUGCCUUGCAAAGUUCCUUCAGGAUGAAGUCCUUCCGGCGUUCUUGACAACCAUCCCAAGGGUCCUUGCCGACAUUUACCACAGUCUGGGCACGCAGAUCCCCGAGGCCUUGGCGGCCGUCCUUCCUGCCGACUUCUUCAGCGACGAGUCGCUCACCAAGGACAGCGUUUCUCCGGUGGCCUCCUCGCCCUGCCUCUCUUUGCACGGCUCGCGUUCCAACUGCAGCGAUCGCCUGCAUGACCUGCGUCAUCGCUCCGCUACCAAGCGAAAGAGCAGUAUGCUGACUCGUCAUCGCAGCAUGACCGAAUCGUCGCAGAGUCUACGGCAGAUAGCCAUGCCCAAAAAGACAAGACGGGCUUCCAAAGCAAAGGUCCGUACACCUCCAGAGAAAGCGGCCGCAGUCCCGCAAGCUCAAAAGCAACAAACGCACGAAGUUACCAAAGUAAGAAGGAACCUGUUCAAUGAAGAGGUUGCAUCUCCAUCAAAGAAGAGCAAACUCCCACGCAGCCAGUCUGUCUCUGCGGUGGAGGGACUGAAACGCAAGUCGUCGCACAAGUCUGACGAGAGGCACAGACUCCUAACAAAGCAAGUGUCCGAGACCCCCCGCCACAAGCAGGUGUCUGAUCGGCUCAUCUAUCGACAAAAAAUGGGGCGGCAUGCGUCACCAAACACUUGCUCCGGCCUAAAUGAGGAUUGUAUUGUGGAAGAAUCGCCAGUAAAACCAUCAGAAGAGCCCCGAAGGAGCCCGAGGAUCAAGAGCUUGGCCAGGAGACACUCAAACACCUUCUAUCCAAGUUCCCAAGUCCGUUCCCGCAACCUGGAGCGGGCGCUGUCCGCCUCCCAGCUUCCGCUCAGCCAAGGGCCCGUCAGUGACGUUAACGUGAAAAACGUUCGCUCUCCCAUGAGGCUUCUUUUUGGGGCCACCCAGUCUCCCGCUCAUCCUUCCACGCUGGGCUCAGCUUGGACCGGCACGACUCGGCUGUCUACAGACUCCAGUGUCUUUGAGAGUCCCAACAAGACACCGGAAAAGACCCGUGGAAAAUGCAGAGAUUUAGGCAGCGCAUCUCCCAGAACGCCUCGAAGCCCUAAAACUCAGUUUUCUUCCAGGCUACGCGGUCUACCUGGCGCCGAGAGCCCCGUCGCACAAACGGGUAUGGCCCUGAGGGGCAGUCCUUUCAGAUCUCCCGCCAGAAAGAAUUUUGUCCCGGAGACGCCCACUAAGCAAAGUCCUCUGACCAGCCCGCUGAAGGGAAUUCUCAAGACUCCCGUCAAGACUAUGGAACCGGCCUCUUCCUUUGGGUCACAUCCAACAUUCAGGACUCCCAAAAAGAUAGUGUCUUGGUCACCGUCCCCACGGAGAAAAUGUAUGGUGCCAGACAGGAUGCCCACUUUCAAGAUGCCCGAAUCGCCCAGAUUGUUGAAGACGCCCAACAAGUUCAACAGCCCGCCGAAAAGCCCCGGCGAAAAAGCGGAGACUUUCCAGACCCCCGAGAAGACGUGUCCGCCUUCACCACGUACCUUUUCUUGUCAGGUGAGCCUAAAAAGGAUUUCACCAGAUGCCACGAGAAACUGGAGAGCAGAGACAGCGCCGCCUUUGCUGUUUUCACUGCUUGAAGAACGUAGCGGUACAGCUCACACCAGGACGCCCAGCCCAGUUCACCAAAUGGCGACUCGGUCCGGACGGACAUCUGAUGAAAGUCCAAAGACUCCCUCCCCCAGUAAGCAAGCGUCUGCACCUUCGGUCGUCCGUACGUUUCUGUCUCCCAAAACGUCCCGGAGAAACGCCAGGUCUGCUCAAGUUGCUAGGACAGCCCGUAAGAACUUGAGAACCCGCAAUGCGCACGCCACAAAUGAGUCUGAAAGUGUUCAAAGGGCUCAAACUGAGACAAGUUGUGAAUCGGAUUCACGGCUAUUGGACUUGUCAGGACUCAACUCGGCCACGGACGACAGCAAUGACAUUGUGGACGCGUCGGUGGUGAAGACACAGUUCACCGGAGGCCUCAAGAUGAAUAUUUGCUUUUGCCGCAAGCCUUCAAAAUCCAGCCAAGACGCAUGGACAGCCCCGCUCGAGUCUCAAGAUCCACCCGGUCGCAGCUACGGCUUCCGACAGACGCCCGACCGCCAGCAGCGUGAAGCGGCUGCGCGUUUGGGCGACACACUUCAUGCCUCCCCCAGGUUCUCCACCCCAAGAGGCACGCCCAGGCGUCGCCAGCCAAAAGGCAUGGCGUCGCCAAGAUCGCCUUCCUAUCACGUAGAAAUGGAGAUGCAAACGUCCGGGCUCCCCAAACUCAAAGUCAAACGUACCAACUCCAUGCACGUAAACGAUGUUCUCGCGGAGGAUGGGCCUCAGAGCCCUCUCGUUGCUGUGAAACCAUCUCAGGUGGACAGCCCGUUGCCGUUGGUCCCUAAGCAGCGAGAUCCCGGUUCCAUCUCACCCUCCGUAUGUAGCCACGCUACCCCCGCUAAAGGCGGUGUGGUUCAGACCCACAUCUGCCAGUCCUACACGCCCACGCGCCAACCCGCGGGAACCACAUCGCCCAUGGCAAUUGCCGACGUCUUCCCCCUCUCCCCCUCCCCUCAAAGUGCGGGCAAGGUGACCCCGGACAACCUGAACAGCUGGCGCCGGAGGAAACGACCCCUCGUGGCUGCCGUCGGAGGCAAAGACCGCUGCCAGAAGGGUGAGCCGGUAGAGGAGGCGGAGCUCGGAGUGAGCAGGUUGUCGGAGGCGGAUGACCUGGAUGAGCUCGCCACUAAAACUACUGGUCAGGUUUGGACUUUGAAAGGAGCUCACUUUUUGCCUGCGAUAGACGCGUCUCCUCCCUGUCCCGAGGAUGACUGGAUGGUGCCCGAUUCUCACCGAAAUGAAGAAGACAUGAUGUGGGAAGCUGCUGGCGGAGACGUCGCAUCCACCUUAGCCACACCUCCCGGCUCAGUGAAGCAGGUCACGGCCGGUGGGAUUCUGGCCCUCACUCAGUCCCCGAUGCUCUUCAAGGGAAAGCCGGCUUCGGCAAGCAGGAGAACACCUCGCUUGAAAGAUGAAUUAGUAGGCGAGCGGAGGAUGGCAGCAGCGGGUGACAAGGUCUCGGCCUUCAGCUUGCCCGCCAGACGUUCGGCCAGCAGGAAGAGGCUGCUUCAGUGAUGGUUUAGUUUUAAUUGCUGUUUUAUGUAUGUAAAUUUGGAUGUAUUGAUGGACUGAUUGAGUUCAAUUUUCAAAUGUCUUCCAUGUUCAAAAUGUGAAACUGUUUUCCUCUGCCUCAUGUUGUCUGAGUUUGUCUAAUGUUAAUUUAUUUGUUUUUUCAACAGAUUUUAAGUCAAGGCAUGUUUAAAGCUUUUAUUUGUCAUGUGAAUAUUGUGAAUAAAUGCUGUUCUUAAAAGUUUAAAAA